AUGGUCGCUACGGUCUUGGACGCCGGUCGCCUGACCUUUGCUCUCUGCUCCUUCAUUGUUGCUCUGGGUGGCAUGGUUGCUGCUCAAAGUGCCAAGAGUAGCCUCGCAACUUCUGGACCAUCCCUAGCUGACGUCAGCGCUUGCCUGAACAAAGCGGGCAUUGAAUACUCGACGCCCACCACUUCAACGUGGACGGUGGACACGGAGGCGUGGAACUCACGGGUGAGCCCUGUACCUUCAGCCGUCGCUUUUCCGAAGACGGAGGAGGAGGUGUCGGCUGCCCUGAAGUGUGCUGCUUCCUGCGGCGUCAAGGUGACUACGCUUGGCGGCAACCGGUCGUUCUCGAGCAUGGGCUUUGGUCGCAAUGACGGUGCUCUGAUCAUGAAUCUGAAGCACUUGAGGCACACGAAAUACGAUGCGUCGACCCAGCUGCUAUCGUACGGUGGCCCCGUCACGAUCUCGGACGCUGUCAACUUCUUGUGGAACAAGCAUAAGCGCAGCAUUGUCCAUGGCCGUUGCCCGGAAGUCGGCAUGACCGGUGUCGCUGCGUCGGGUUUUGGAACCAAGUCGCGUGUCGAAGGCACGGUACUGGACAACCUCGUGUCCGUGCGAGUGGCUCUCGCGAAUAGCUCCAUCGUCGACGCUGACGCCAAGCAGAACUCGCAGCUGUUUUGGGGCAUCCGUGGUGCUGCCAGCUCGUUGGGUGUGGUUCUCGAUUUUAAGGUCAAGACCAUUGCGCCUCCCUCGAAGAGCGCGACGAAUUACACGAUCGUUUUUGACAAAGAAUACAAGCCUACGCAGCAAGAUUCCGUGGAUGCCUUGAUUGGCACGCAAACGUGGGCCUUGAGCAAAGACAAUGACGACCGGUUGUCCAUCCGAUUUGCACUCAAGAAGAAUAUCGAUGCAAUGAAGCUGACCACGACCGAAAGUGACUUCUGGACGUCGGAGGAUUGGUCGACUCCUGGUCUCGUGAAGCAGACGGAAUCGUCUCGCCGUUUCUUCUACGUCACAUCGGUGACGAUUCCAGGCAAGGCCCCUCUCACUAACUCCACCGCGUGGGACCUGUUUACGAACACCGUCUUUACUCCCAAGCUACCUGAUGCUGCUCUCGGGGGCUAUGUGGACGUUUGGGGUGGCAAGUUCACCAAGACCGUUCGUCCAGACGACUCUGCCUGGAAACACGACGACAUUCUUCUCUUGAUUCGUUGGGACAUGCGCACCCCCGACUACAAAGUGUCAUUUGCAGAAAGCUCCUUGAACACCAUGCGCACGAACUUUUACAAGUUCGUGGACUCUUACAAGGCUUCGGGCGGUGUGCCAGGCGGGUUCACGACGUACCGCGAUGAGAAAUGGACGACGGCGGAGAUGGCCGAGUACUUGUACGGCGGUGGCAACUAUGCCAAGCUGCAGAAGAUCAAGACCGAGUACGACCCAAACGAUAUGUUCAACACGGACCCUCAGGCUAUCCGCGCGUUGAAGAAGACGACCGAGUAG